AUGGUCCUUCUGACUAUGAGCAUCGCCUGUAACCCUCAUGUGCUGCAUGCUCACCAGAAGAAGGACACUGUUGCCAACGUCCGCGGUGGUAAGUCAUCUUCCAUCUUCGAGGACUUGUCAACGUCUGGCACUGACAAUGCAUCGGGGAUUGCUGUAGUCGACCAUCUGCCUGCUUUUGCCAAGGCCUUCUUUGCUCGCGAUGAAACUGUUACCUUCACUGACAUCGAGACGGUGUGCCCUACCGAGGAGCCGACCCCGGUCGUCACUACUGAGACUCCUACUGAGGUUUCUGUUUCGGUGACUGAGACCAUUCUCGAGACUUGCACCACCGAGACCACCCCUGUUCCCGCUACGGAGACUGUUCCUAUUCCUGUCACUGAGCCUCCUGUUCCUGUGACCGAGACUUCAGUGUCUGUUCCUCAGUCCCCCGUCGCCGUUACUGAGACUCCUGUGCCUAUCACCGAGACUCCUCCUGUGCCGGUCACCAAGAAACCAACUCAGCCCGUUGCUGAGACCUCGCCUGUGGAGACUUUGCCCAUCCCUGUCCCUGUGCCCGUUACCGGGACUGCCCCUGCCCCAAAGUUGACUACUUCUGUUGGUACUUCGGUCAGGGUGCCCACGACUCUGACCACGGCCAUCGUCUCGAAGCCCCCCUUCACUUCGGGCAGCUACAACUCCACCACUGAGACUCCUGUUUCGGUCUCCACGACCCACACUCGCAACUCGACGGAGACCAGAGUUGCCACUCACUCUUCCAAGAGUACUGGUGAGCUGAUCCAUCCCAGCAGCACUCCGGCCCCUGGCACACCCAAUGAGGCUGGCAUCAAGGGAAUCUCCUUCCAGGUGUCUGCCGUGGGUGCCUUCGCCUGGCUCCUCAUUGAGUUGCUGUGA